AACGAAGAACAGAAAAGAUACGAAAGAAAAACAAAAUCACGGUAAACAAACAAACACACACACUGCUUCAGCUUCAAAUUCGGGCCAGAUUUGAAAUUGAGAUUAAGAUCUCUCUUCUGGAUCGUUUUCGUUGCCUCAAAUUUCAGCUUUCACUUUCGUAGUUUCAUUCAAUUCUGAAUCCGAAGACUCACUCGCGAAUCCAUAGACAGAUCUUCGCGGUCAAGUGGAUCAAUGGCAGGCGCCGCAUCGGCGCUUUUCCUCCUGGACGUCAAGGGCCGGUGCUUGAUUUGGCGCGAUUACCGAGGGGAUGUCACUGCCGCUCAGGCCGAGCGAUACUUCUCCAAGCUCCUCGAGAAAGAGGGUGACAUAGAGUCUAAUGGUCCAGUUGGCUAUGAUAGUGGCGUUACCUACAUGUUCAUACAGCACAACAAUGUUUUCUUGAUGACAGCAUCAAGACAGAACUGCAAUGCUGCUAGCCUCCUCCUCUUUCUGCACCGUGUGGUUGAAGUCUUUAAGCAUUAUUUUGAAGAGUUGGAAGAGGAAUCCUUAAGAGAUAAUUUUGUGGUGGUGUAUGAGCUACUUGAUGAAAUGAUGGACUUUGGUUACCCUCAAUAUACAGAAGCCAAGAUUCUUAGUGAGUUCAUUAAGACUGACGCUUACAGGAUGGAAGUUACGCAGCGGCCUCCAAUGGCUGUAACUAAUGCAGUGUCUUGGCGCAGUGAAGGGAUACAGUACAAGAAAAAUGAAGUAUUCUUGGAUGUCGUGGAAAGUGUUAACAUACUAGUCAACAGCAAUGGGCAAAUAAUCCGUUCUGAUGUUGUUGGAGCAUUGAAGAUGAGAACGUAUUUGAGUGGUAUGCCGGAGUGCAAACUUGGCCUAAAUGACAGGGUUCUAUUGGAGGCUCAAGGUCGAUCAAGUAAAGGAAAAGCUAUUGAUCUGGACGAUAUCAAAUUUCAUCAGUGUGUACGUUUGGCCCGCUUUGAGAAUGAUCGCACAAUAUCUUUCAUACCCCCCGAUGGAUCGUUUGAUCUGAUGACAUAUAGGCUUAGUACCCAGGUUAAACCUCUCAUUUGGGUAGAAGCUCAAGUUGAGAGGCAUUCUAGGAGCCGUGUUGAGAUGGUGGUGAAAGCCCGCAGCCAGUUCAAGGAGCGUAGUACUGCAACAAAUGUUGAAAUUCAAUUGCCCGUGCCAUCUGAUGCUACAAAUCCUAAUGUUCGAACAUCAAUGGGGUCUGCUACAUAUGCUCCCGAGAAUGAUGCAUUGGUGUGGAAAAUUAAAUCUUUUCCUGGAAAUAAGGAAUAUAUGUUAAGGGCAGAGCUUAGGCUUCCUAGCAUAAUUUCUGAAGAAGCAGCUCCUGACAGAAAAGCUCCUAUUAGAGUGAAGUUUGAGAUACCAUAUUUUACUGUCUCAGGAAUUCAGGUUCGUUAUCUAAAAAUUAUUGAGAAAAGUGGAUAUCAGGCACUUCCAUGGGUGAGAUACAUUACAAUGGCUGGAGAGUAUGAAUUAAGAUUGAUCUGAAAGGCAACCACUUAAGGUACCAUAUGCGUUGGACAGUACUUGGAAUGUUGGAUUGUCCAUGAAGUUUCCAGGUCACGCGAUAUCCCCGACAUGCAAGCGAUCCAUUUUCUCAAUCGUUGCUGAUUUUACCAGUCAAACAAAUGCUUCCAGUGCUGCAAUUAUUAGCCAUCAAUAGAAAAGGUUGCUGAGGCUUAUGAUAUAUAUUACUUGUGUCAAGAUUCGUGGAAUGUAAGAAUCAUUUUUGUGUGUGUUGAACAGCAGUGAAUCUGAUAGCAUCCUUAGGGUCAGAAGUUAGAGAAAAUGGUGUCUGGUUUUGUGGGUUUUUGAGCCCUAUUGAACUCAGGAAAAUAAACCUGAACGUACGAGCAAGUUUUCUUUUAUCCUUGCUGGAAUACACAUGUAAUUUUCCUAAUUUCACAAAUGUGUCUCUUUGAUACACAUUUCCUGACGGUAGCUUACCUCAGUGAUAUUCCAAUAUGACGUUUCUAUCCAAUUAUUGAUGUUGGUUGAAAUUUUCUAA